UGCCGGGACUCGUGGAUUGGAAACAUCAUGUCUUGGCUGAAAUCUGUGUCGUCUAGCGAGGAUGUCUUCGACGAGGAUGUAGAUGACAUUAGUCUGCAAAACAAAGAAUGGAAAUACAACAUGGAAAAACGCGCCAAGGUGUGAACAGAUGACCUGUGAUUCAGUGCAGUUUAUGGUCAGCUCCUGCAGCUGGACUACUCUUACAAAUAAUCGUUAUUUACAGACACUGCUUAAAUGUAUUGGUACGGGACACAUAUAUGGUAAGCUCUCUGGAAGUGGAAACCGUUUUCUCUAGGUAACUGGACAUACUUAAUUCUGAACUUAAACUUAAAAGCACUUAAACCCAGAAAAGUGGAUUUCUGAGGAGGUAUCACCCUAUCCUGUGGCAACAUGGGGAACUGUUUGAACUGUUGUGGACAAAAAAGCCCAUGUGACCACACUGAGGAUGAGACUAAAGGGUUAUUACACAACUCAGAAUCAAAGACAUCAACCAAUGCUGGAACAGAGGCAGGCACCAGUCAAAGCUCAGAAGAGGAGGAAAGGCAUAAAGAAGAAACAAAACCAGCAUUGGAUGUUGUUGUAACCAAGCAGCCAAAUCAAGAAGCUCAAACUCUUAAAGCACAGAGUUUUUACCAGACAACAAAAUCGAUGUUACACACAGAAGUCUCUCAUGCUGCUGAAGUUAAACACAAAGUCCCACCUGAAACAAUAGAGGCACGAGCAGAGGCUGGGAGCUCAGCUAUAGAAACGACAGAAACAAAGACUGAAGUCUUAAAAGAAAUCCAAAACAUUACACCCGAAGCCUCAGAGGUUCCUCAAGACUCAACUGAAGCACCUGCGAAGGCUGUUGCCUCACCAUUGAAAGAGGAGCUUGAUGAUCAGCAUGAGUUGCUUGAAAAAGAAGACAUCGUAGCUGUGCUGAUAGAUGAUACAGGUGUAACUGUAACAAGUCCUGACUCCACAGUUGCACCUGUUGAGGAGGUAGCUGUUGAGGACACACCUGUUAAGGAGGCACCUGUUGUUCAGGCAGAUGCUGAGAGAAACUUCUUUGAGCCAGAAACACAUGUGGAGUUCUCAGAUAAGAAGGAUUUGAUCCAAACUGAGGAACUGAAAGACACCAUGGAUUUGAAAUUUGAAGAGGCUGGCCCAGCUCUUAAUGACAAAGAUAUUUCAGCACUAGAGAAUAGCAGCACAGAACCCGACUUGUGCAUUUUAAGUCAGGCAAAUGAGUUGGAUGUUACUGAGAAUAGUGUAACUGACAUGACCACAGAAGGAGAGCCCGCUAAGGAGGCAACAGCUGAAGUGGAAGAGAAACUUUUAGGUGAUACCCGUUCUGAAAUGUCAGAAUUGAAGCAAGAAAACUUAGAAUUCUCGGAAUCUCAGGAACAUUCACAGGAAGUUUCCUCCCCAGUGGUGGAUAUCACUAAUGGAUUCUCUUCUGGCAUUGAGUGUGGUGUAGUGGAGGACUCUAGCCUUCUGAAAAGUGAGAAUGAAUUAAUUGCUGAUGUCACCGUUGUGGAAGGGGUGUCUCAAAAAGUUGAUACAGACCAGAAACUGAAAGAGGAACCCAUAGAUGUUGAGAUUGAGGAAAAACUGUCAUCUAAAACCUCUGCAACCUCUACAUAUAUUGACAGCAUUGUCAAGAAGGACUUACAUAAAGUAAUAGAUUCUGUGACAGACAAGAAUGAAAAGGUUACAGACCAGGAACUAGAGGCUACAGAACCCAGUCAAAACGGCCUUGACUCCACAUGUGAGUCUGUGCCCUCAAGUCCUAUUGAGAAAACCAGACACAUGGAGCCAAGGAGUGAUUUUGUUGCUGUUGAAGACACUGUAGAGGUCAAAGCUGAUGUUAUUGCGCUAAGAGAGACAAAAUCACCGGAGGAAGUCAUACAAGAAGAUGAAGUAACCGGACCUCAACAAACAGAAGAGGAAAAGGAAAAGGAGGAAGAGGAAACUAUUGUUGCCCAGGAAAAUGAAGGAAAAGAAGACACAGAAAGCUCUAAGACCCAAAAAGGAGAGGUCAUUUACAGCAGUCAUAAAUUAGAGUUGAUACCUAUGAGGGAGACAAACGUGAGCGUGGAAGUAGUACCGGAGGAGGACGAUGAGAGAGCAGACCUGUAUCUGGGAGCUGAAGAGAUAGAAAUGGGGGCCAGUAAAGACAAGCCAUCAAAACCACUGCUGGAGCUUACAAUUCCUGGUUUAGAGGCCAGAUGUAGCUUAGCACAAGCUGUGGACAUACUGGCCUACAGUGAACAAGAAUGGAAGGGUAACACAGCCAAGAGUGCUCUGAUCAGAAAGGGUUAUGGUGAGAUGUCUUCUAGCUUUAGCACUCUGAGGCAAGUAAGAGGAGAUAACUACUGUGCCCUACGAGCCACACUGUACCAGGUGCUGGUGACCAGCACAGAAAUGCCCACCUGGCUGCAGGAUGAAGGCUUUCCUUUGUUGCCAGAGAGGAUUGAAGCUCAGGAGCAUCUGAUUGGUGGAUGGGUGUUUCCCCUAGAAUGCAACAUGGGAAGUGAAAAGCAGGAUUCCGUAGAGAAGCUGAAAUAUUAUCUGGAGCUCCUUAAAAAGAAGUGGCAGGCAGCAGCAGCUGCUGAGAGCCCUGAGGAGAAGCAGAGUGUGGUUGACCGUGUGUUUCAGGGUGGUGUGGAAGAGUAUGGUCUUCUGGAAGCACUCAAGUUUCUGAUGCUGGCCAAAGCCAUUGAGCUUCAUCACAACAUGGUGUCGGAUCAAGAAGUGCCUGUGUUCUGCUGGCUCCUUUUUGCCCGCGACACAUCAGAAAACCCACAAAACCUCCUGACCAAUCACCUGAGCCAGAUUGGCUUCACCGGAGGGGUAGAACAGGUGGAGAUGUUUCUAUUGGGCUAUGCCUUACAGCACACCAUUCAAGCCUUCCGUCUGUACAUGACAGACACAGAGGAGUUUGUCACACAUUACCCAGACGACCACAAGCAGGAGUGGCCUUGCGUUUGCAUCGUGACCGAGGACGAUCGCCAUUACAACAUUCCGGUCAGGAGGACCGUUCAACAUCAGCAAAGAGCCGAUAUCAUGAUGCCCUGAUAACACAGACCUCAGAGAACAAAUCUGACCAACAAAAAUGGCAUGAUGUUUUUGUUUUUUGAUGGUCUGUUGGUCUUUCAAUGAAUGGAAAUGUUUAAUGAAGGGAAUUUACAGCAAUCCACUGAGAUCAUAUUGUCAUCAUAAGAUGAUAAGUGCGCGGGGUUUUUUUUUACUCAAAUGAUUCAGCAUAUUGCACACUGCCUGUCAGGAAAUGUUGUGAUGAGUAAAACUGGUGCAGACAUGAAACAAAUUUACUGCCUUUUUACUUUAACUGCAAAGUCUUAUUUUGCACUGUUGAAUACAAGUUGAAAGUUGUUCAUUUUCUUUGAUGUUAAAGAAUACUAAGAGUUUACAACAAUAAGUUUUGAGAAUAUUGAUUGAAAAUUAUGUCAGUAUAUUCUUAGAAUGGAAAGGGAAUUGACAUAGUCUACUGAAGUCCAUUUGAUGCAGAUUCAGUCAUAUUUAUAUUGUUUUAUAACAUAAAACUUGCCUAAAAAAUGUAAUGGGCUGUGGUUGUGGCAUUUUUAACCAAUGUUGAGACUGUCAGAUAUCUUGGGUCAUUUUUAAGUAUUGCCGCGUAUUAAUGCCUUUUUAAUUUUUUUUAAUGAGCGCAUUUACAUGCACAAUAAACCAGCAAUGCAUGUGGCCAUGCCUUAAAUGCCUUUCCUUUAUCGGGGUAAGGUUAUAAAUAAUUUAAUCAAAAAACAAUCAACAGUUAGAUUUCUGCCCAUUACCUCCAUUUCGCAUUGCAUGUAAACACCUUUACCAGUAAUUUUACCGGAUUAUCCAAUAUGUGCAAGUGUUGUGCGCAUGCCUGUUUAAGUUUUGAAGUCAAAAGUAAAGAAGAACCCUAUGAUUUAAAAUUUCAUAUAAACAUGGUUUUCUUGCAUUGUCAGAUUUUUUUGAAUAAGCUGAUAUUUGGUUGUCGUCAGCUUAUUGGUGUGCAUGUGAACACGCUCAUUGUGAAAGAAUCUGUUUCCCAUACUGGUUUAACUGCCAUGAUAGUUUUUCUCUGUAGUUGUAACUGCCUUUUAUAAAGUAUAAUUUGUGACUGAAUACCAAGUAAGGCUCUAAACAAAACAUUUCUUUAACGUUUUACAAUUAAAGCACUAUUGGCUACAUUAGGUAGACUUUUUAAGUAAGAAUAAACAAUACAAGUUGCCAUCAUGUAAUUUUACUUUUUGACUCUUAGCAGAUGUCAUAUUAACAGUUAGUUUAUGACAUACAAUGCUCACUGUACUAAGCCUAAGGGAUUUUUUGUUUUAUCUUCAAAUUUUGCUCAUUAUGAAUUUCAGCAACAAGUAAUUGCACAACAAGACAGAACAGAUGUACAGUAUGGCCAUUUUUCUUUGUUUAUAGUAAUAAAAUUUCAUAUUUAUGACUGAGAGUCUAACAUUGACUAACAUUGCCAAACAUUCUGAAAUAUGAUACAGUAUUGGUUAUGUACAAUGGUUAUUUUUUAAGAACUAAAAGA